AAAGGCUUGUAGUUGUCUCUCUCCCCCGAUUUACCCAAUUUUCCAAACCCUCGUUCAACCCCCCUCUCUACCCGUUAGAACAUAAAAACGAAAUUAAAACAGAAACUCGGAAAGGGCAAAAAUCGACCAUGGAUUCUUACAGACCGCACCAGCAGCAGUACAUGAGGCCACCGCCACCUGCCACGUCGGAUCCGUACCUCUACCAACAGCAGCAACCACCGCCUCCGCCACCGCCAAGACCACCACUCCCUCAGCAGCAGCAGCAAGGCGCGUGGUACUCGAACCAGAACCAGUACCAAUACCACUCAUUACAGUCCCCGUCGCCUCCUCCGCAACAGUGGGGUCCGCCACCUCACGUCGACCAUCUGCCUCCCCCGCCGGGCUCUUAUCCUCCGCCACCGCCUCCUCCUUAUUCUGCGCACCACUAUCGCCCUCACGGACCUCCUCAGUCUUAUCAUCCUCAGGAGUGGGCAGCUCAGAGUCGGCCGAAUAACCAAGGUUGGGAAUACCCAGCCCAUAACAAUGAGCAAGAUUGGGCAGCCAAGGCUAGGGCAUGGGCAGCUAGGACGGCAAUGGAGAACCAGGAUCAGCAAUCGCAGUUUACUCCAGCCGGCAGACCAGAAGAACACUCUCAUUAUCAUGAGCAGUAUCCUCAAAGUCAGCACCAGUCUCUUUCUGCAUCUAGCUAUCAACAGGUUUCAGUUUCAGGGACACCGGCACACCGGCCACCAGGAGUUCAUCCCCAGGACACUACCUAUAUCGGCUCCGAACCAUCUUCUUAUGGACAUCAUGCUGUCAGAUCUGCAAUUCCAUCUGUUCAUCAGCAGGAGGUACCUUCUAGUUAUUCUUCUGUUACAGGCAAUGACGCUUCUGCAGAACUGAAUGAGCACUCUUACAACUUCUUACCUAUGCCAAAUUCCUCAGGUCAGGAAGGACAGCACCAUAUGCAACAAUCUCAUGCAAUACCAUUUGGAUAUGGCAGUCAUUCUGCAGAUCCAGCAGCCAAUCUUGCUGACCAGCCUUUAGAAUUUGCAUCUGGGUUUAAUUCUGAUCAUGGUGCUCACGCAUCCAGCUAUCCUUAUCAUGAUUCAGGUGGAAGUAUAAGAGGUGUGGACCCUGCUACAACAAUUCCUUCCAUGAAUUCUUGGACUGUUUCUGUUACACCUGGUGUGGUAUAUCCUCCUACCCUUCCAGUUCUACCAUCAGGACCACAGCAUGAUCCUUCUAUGACGAUACCCUCUCCGGUCCCUGGAAAUGCUCCACAUUCAUUUGGUAGUUUUCCUGGAUUGAGCCUCCAGCCAACAAUUCCAACCACUGGUCCUCCCUUUGCUCUCACUGCAGGAACUGCUGGUCAUCCUACUGUGGCUUUCCCUGGUGAUGCAUACGGAGUUUCUACAAUUUCUGAGCGCCCAAAAAAGGCUGCAGUGCCUAAUUGGCUUAGAGAGGAAAUUAAGAAAGUAAGCAUCACAAAUUCCACCAUGGACCAUCUCAAGGAGGAAACACAGUCUGUUGAGGAUGAAGGUGUUGACAGAUCUUUUGGGAAGGGUGAUCAAGCCGAUAGCAAAAGCAUUGAUUCUUCUAGAUCAACUGAAGAAGAGGAUGAUGAGGAUGAGGUGGAGGCAGCUCGGACUGCAGCAAUUAACAAGGAAAUAAAGCGUAUCCUAACUGAAGUUCUCUCAACGGUUACUGAUGAGCUCUUUGAUGAAAUUGCAACAAAAGUUCUUAGUGAAGAUGAUCUAACAUCUGAAGUUGGACAGGGCAGACUCCCAUCAAACCAUAAGGUAUUGCCAUCUACCCCAGCAGUUUCAGAUGCCAAGGCUUCUGCGAAGCUUCUAAUUCCAGUCAAGACUAGGGAAUCUGAGAUUGAAGAUGUCGGUGAAAAAUCUAGCUCCAGUUCACCUGGUGAUAUAUUGGGUCUUGCAAAUUAUGCUACUGAUGAAGAUGACGACGAUGAUGAUGGAGGUGGUGAAAUUCCGAGUUCUGGUGUGCCAAAAUCUGGGAAAGAUCAGUUUACUGUUAGAAAGUCUCAUGAGUCGCAUGAUGCCACUGCAAAUGGCAGUUCUCCAGUAGAGCUUGAAGAGCACAGGAGAAGUCAGACAAGUUUGCCGGAUGAUCUGAGCAAAAGUGAUAUUAGUUAUAAUAGAAACAAGAGUGAGGAAAGUAAUGUUGAUAAAUAUCUGCAAGAUGGGACUACUGUGGAACCUGAACUAUCUACGGAAAAUGUUAAUGUCAAAAAGACAACCAAAAAUGACCCACAAAGUAGGGAGUCCAGGAUGAAGCCAGAUAAGCAUGAUCAACAUGAGAGUAAAAGGAGUUCUUUGAAAGAAAAUAAGGAGGUAGACAGUGGUAAGAUUAGGACAGACGAGAAGGGUGAUGAGAAUCGUAGGAGGCAGGAUGAGAGGCCUCUGAGAAAGGAAAGGACAGAUGAUCGGAAUGGUUCAAAAGAAAAGAUCAAAGACCAAAAUGUUAAGCCUGGAGAUAAAGCAAAGGAAUCUGAUUCAAGAAAAAGGUCUUCCCUUGUUGAUGUCAACGAGGACAAAAGAGAAACAGAUAGACUCCGUAGAGAUAGUUCUAAAGAAGAUGUGAGCAGAAAAAGAGAACGAACAAAGAAUAAGGAGGAUGAUAGAUCAAGACGUAAACAUUCUACUGACUCAAGCAGGCACAAGAGAAGGCGCUCCUCUUCCAUUGACAGCAGGGAUAACUCGGUUAAUCAUGCCAAUCAUUCAAGUGAUGAAUCUUCUGAGGAUUCUAAAAGGAAGGUACAUUCAAGGAGACGUCACUCAUCACGUUCACCUGUCAGGUCUAGGAGAAGACAAGUUUCGCGGUCUCCACAUAGCAAGCAUUCUCAGCGCAGGCAUUCUCCCUACUCUUCUCUUGAUAGCAACAGGGGGAAAGGGUCAAGAUCCAGAUCACCUGCAUUUGGAAGGGGAGGCGCCGGUCUGUGGUCUGUUUGGCUAUGUGGGUUUGCGCUGAUUGGUCUCUCUUUCUAUGCCACUCAGAGGCUACCUUCCAUCAAGGAUCAGAUCAUGAUGAGUCCCAAGCUCGGUCAACGAGUUGGUGACGUUGCAGAGACGCCGAGGAUUAUCAUAUUCUCGGCGCCGAGGUCGUUUAGUGGUCCUGUUGGGGAUAGGCAGAGUCUAGCUCUUCGUUCAUGGCUAGCUUUGUCACCAGAGAUUACGGUUGUGCUGUUCAGCAAAGACCCUUCUGUUGUUUCUUUUGCUCAAGGGUUUGGUUCUCGGGUUGUGGUGGAUCCCAACAUUGACUUCACGUUCCUCGGUACCCCAUUUUUUCAUUCGAUGAUGGCAAGAACAUGGUAUUUUUCACCAGACAUAUCUGUUCUGGUUGAUCCAGAAACAAUUGUUUUACCUGACUUCAUUUCCACCCUGAAUUAUGCUUACAAUCUUGAUGAUGAUUGGCUUCUAGUUGCUUCAUCACAAAAUGUCUCCUACUUCCCAUUCUACUUGGAUGAGGAUGGAAAGCAUUGGCGAAGGGAGGAUGGCAAAUCAAUGAGAACACAUGAGUUGCAGGAGAUAAUUGGUCAUAGUUGGCAGCAGACCCCCUGCGAACAGAAAUUGCUUAUGGCUUGGAAUAGUGGAGAUCUUGCCCUAUAUUCUGGAGUCCUUCCUCCUUUUUUGUAUGGUAGGGGGGUGCACAAUAGUUGGGUCAUUAAUGAGGCCUUGUCAUCAGAGCUUAGGUUUGUAUUUGAUGCCAGUUGGACAAUCUCAAGCUUAUAUCUGAUUAGUCAGGAGCAUCUGAAUAACUGGACUGUUGGAGCUUCCGAUGCUUUAAUUUUUGAAAGAAGAAGCUGGGAAUAUGCUGGAAACUCUCAUGUUGGAGCAUUAUAUGGAUCAUUGUCUCAUUAUGAAACUAAUAAUUCUAGCUUGAUAAAACUUUUGAAAUGUGACGGCCAAUAUAUCUUUGUCAACAAAACGGAAAACAUUUGUUCGUCUGCAUACCGACGUGCUGGCUUGGGUUCCUGGUGGAAGAAGAAAAGUUUGGGUUGGGUUGAGGGUGUUAAAUCACAAGGCGAGUUAUUAGAUUGCACUCCUAUGGUUCCCACAAAGCAUUCAAAACCAUUAGACUAUCCAUUUUCCUUAGAGACACUUCUACCAUUAAAUGCAGACAAAAAUAAGACAAUUGUGCUUGCUGCUGCUGGAUAUAGUUACAAGGACAUGCUAAUGAGCUGGGUGUGUAGAAUGCACCACCUACAGGUCACAAAUUUUAUCAUUUGUGCCCUCGACCAGGAGAUCUACGAGUUCUCUGUCUUGAUGGGCCUGCCUGUAUUCAGGGAUCCAGUUGCACCAAGUGAGAUAAGCUUCAAUGAUUGCCACUUCGGAACAAAAUGCUUUCAGAAGGUGACCAAAGUGAAAUCCAGAAUGGUUUUAAAGAUACUAAAGAUGGGUUACAACGUACUUCUUAGUGACGUGGAUGUGUAUUGGUUUGGAAAUCCAUUGCCAUUGCUCUGGUCUUUUGGUCCUGCUGUUCUUGCAGCUCAGUCGGAUGAAUUCAACAAAACAGGACCAAUUAACUUACCUAGGCGCUUGAACUCUGGCUUCUACUUUGCCCGUUCAGAUAGUUCGACAAUUGCUGCUAUGAAGAAGGUCGUGGCACAUGCAGCAACUUCGGGUCUAUCUGAACAGCCAAGCUUCUAUGAUACACUAUGUGGAGAAGGGGGCUCCAAUCGUGUGGGUGCCAAUAGAUGCUUAGAACCUGAAACAAAUCUGACUGUCCAUUUCUUGGACAGAGAUCUCUUCCCAAAUGGGGCAUAUCUAGAACUAUGGCAUAGGAAAAAUGUGAGAGCAGCCUGUGUGAAGCAGGGAUGUUUGGUUAUCCAUAACAAUUGGAUCAGUGGGAGGCUGAAGAAGCUAGAAAGACAGAUGUUAUCUGGCCUAUGGGACUUUGAUACUAGCACAAGAAUGUGUCAGGCACAACUAUGAAUUGGUAAAUACAUUCUGAAACCUAGUUAGUGCUUUAUU